AUGAGAUGUCUCAAGAAGAAGAAGAAACGCCGCCGCGAGCUCCAUGCGCAGUGGCUGAGCUCGGCGACAACGCUUCCACCCCCUUGUUCGAGUGCCUCCGAGGAUUCCCCGUGGAAGGAGAACGCGAUAGGACCCGUGGCUCGUCGGGAAGAACCCUCAACUGCGGCUGCUGCCGACGCCAUGUCCGUCGGCCAACCGGCUUCUGCGGCCACACUGCGGUCCAUACUCGUCGACUCCUCGCGCAAGAGGUCCGACCGCGUUCAAACUGGCCCCGACGAAGUGUCUUCCAGCUCUCGGCCGCCCAUCACGCCAACAUCGCGCAUGCGCAGUACCUACACCUCGAUGGCGGACUCGUGCAGCACCCUGUGCUGCUGCGUCGUCAUGGUCUCGCUGAUGCUGCUGCUGGUCGUGCUGCUGUUCCCGCGCAGUGGGCGCGCGCGCCACCACGUCCCGUGCUGGACCCAGCCGUGCCUCGACUUCGUCGCCGCACUGGCGGCCUCCAUCAACGCAUCGCGGGACCCGUGCCAGGACUUCCACAGCUACGUCUGCGACCGCUGGCGACCCAGCUUCGGAGGUCGCUCCAUGCUGGAAGACUCGGCCAUCGCCUUCCGCAGAGACGUGGGCGAACGCGCCGCCAGGACUUCGCCGCCGCGACAGUCGCAGAACAGUUACGAGAAGGCGGUCAUGCUCUACAAGAGCUGUCUAGCCGAGAGCGCACAAGGAAUCGACGAGUUCAAGCGGUUCCUGCGCAAACGCUACUUGCCCUGGCCAAAGGUAGACAAGCGCGUAACCAUGCUGGACGUGGCUCUGGACUUGUCUUUCCACUGGCACUUCCCAAUCUUCUUCUAUGUUUAUCGCAUUUCCUCCGUGCCAGAGCCAUCGAUGCCAUCAGUAUACAAGCGGCCCUCCGUGCGACUUAUCUUUACAGGCGGCUUCCUGGGACUGGGUCCGCGCCUUCUGCUUCAGGAACGCGAGCUGCGCAAGAACAACACCGAGCAUAUCUGCCGCUUGCGCGACGCCCUCAAAGAGCGUGGCGACAAGGAGUCUGAGGCCGUUUCCUGCAAGCACCUUGAUGAACUUCAGCGAAGGGUUCUGAGUGGUUCGAUGACCGGUGGCGAUGAAUAUUUCGGAGACAACGACGCGUCCUGGACUACGUACGACAGCCUGGACAGCUUUGCCGAAGAACUUACGCCGUCCGUCUCUGCACAGCGCUGGCUCGAGCUUUUAAGGAAAUACAUGCCCCCCGGCGAGAGCUUCGGUGCUGCUGGGACUUCAAUUGAGGUCCAUAACAAGCUGUACAUGCGCAAGCUGGAGAGGUUUCUCGGCUCGGACCAGCCUCAGACUGACAUGCUUCGCGUCGCGGGUCUCUGCGUGGUCCAGGGCUUGGGUCGCUUCGCCAGCAAUCGUCUUGCCACUCUCAUCUACGGCGACGACCACGAUCGUGCCCGGCGCCACCCGGACUUGUGCUACGCAGUCGUGGAUCAGGUAUUGCCGCACCAGCUGUCUGCACGCUACGUAGCACUCCUGCUCCACACCGAACGCGUCGCGAAGGCCACCGAAGUGUUCAGCGCGGUGAAAUAUUUCGUCGUCAAAUCUCUGCGCAAUGCGGCCUGGUUCAACGCGGCCGUUUCCCCGAAAGCGGUCGAAACAAUCAAGCAGAGCAACCUCACGUACGAGGCUGUGCUGAGCGGCGAAGUAUCGGGCAAGGAGCUGCCUUCCAAUGCAGCAGCCAUGAGCUUGCCAGACUUGGGUGAUGACUUCCUGGAAAACCUUAGCCUCAUUCCGCACUCGUACUGGGACAGCAAUCACCGGGACCUGUGGAUGAAGGCGCGUCCGUCGGGCUCCGAGGCCAACGGCACCGUCCGGGCCGCGCUGUCUUCGACGACCGAGGCGCAACGGCGCUGGGAAGACGUCUGGCGACAGCACGAAGUGCCGCCGUUGGCGACGGCGUCUAGCCAAGACGUUGUUCUUCCAAACCUCUACAUGCUGGAGUCCGUGUUCCCGACCGGCGCGUACGAGAGCGUCAACUACGGCGUCCUAGGCUCGUUGCUGGCGCGCAGGCUUCUGGCGGUGCUGCUGAUGGCGCCUGCUGUCCACAGUGCACCCAGCCACCUGUCGUGGCCGGGCAACCUCGACGCGAACGAUAGCGCCCCUUGCGUGUGGAAGGCCUUCUCGCGCGAUGGGCGACAGAGCGACGGCACAGCGUACAGGGACCAUCCCAGAGACAUGGCGGCCAUGCUGGUGGCUGUCGCGUCGCUGAAGCCUCUGUUCGACGCGCUGUCCGCGAGUCCUGGCUACCCGGACUGGAGCCGCGGCUUAGCAGAGUACAGUGCCGAUCAGCUCUUCUUUCUGGCGCUCUGCUUUCCUAGCUGCAGGUUGCGCCAGAACGAAACGGUGCCCGUCCGAGGUGGCCCCAGCCAAGCCGCGUGGUGCAACGUUCCGCUGGGCCUCUUUCACGUUUUCGGCGAGGCAUUCCGCUGCUCGGCCGGCCAGACGAUGAACCCUAGCUCCAAGUGCGCCGUGUGGUGAACGUGAAGUGUUUUCCAAUUAUGUUCCCUUUUUUGAGUUUAUUGUUCUGCAUCUUCUUACGCGCUUCAUAUUCAUCUUAUUAUAUGGUGCGGACACUCUUUCUUAUGCCGUAUGUCAGCUCCAUAGCCACCGCGUAGAAAUCAAGGCAGUAACUUUCCACCGAUCACUUAGGAGUUGUUGUGUUUCAAAUUUUAUUGGUUGUUUUUGUAAUUUGUAGGAGACUCAAUAGCGCUUUCUGAUUUCGUGCCCGCUGAUCACUAAGGAAAAAUACUGCACUCCAUUGGUUACUGUUACGCGUUCGAUGUGGCAGCACCAAUAGCGCUAGUCAUUGGUUCUUAUUGUGUACAUCACGUGUGGGCAGUGGCGUUCUAUAUUUAGCUUACGGAUACGCACUUAGCUAUGAUGCCUUAUCAGUUCGUAUUUGCUGCAAUGCAUAGAACGUCAGAGUACCACGAACUGCAUCGGCUACAGUUAGGCCGGAUAACGACGUGCACUGUGCCUGAGACUUAGUCGUGGCUUUCUAUAGCUUAUAGUGAAAACUCAUGAAAACUUUACAUUGCCUUUUGAUGGUGGUGUCUUUGUGUACUCGCAGUUGUGGACUGGAGAGUACGCAUUCGCUAUAGAAUUAAUAUAAGAGUCUGUACUGGGUUUCCAACGUGAGUGUUUACUAUAGUUGAAUUUGUUAAUAUUAGUGACUGCAGAAGGAAAAUAAAGCUUUUUGUAUUCGUUGUGCGCAAACAAUGAGCAGUGAAAGUGUUCGAGGUUCGUGUAAGUCAUGCGCACUGUUUGGUCGGCGUCGCUCUACGGAAACAUUGCCGUAACAGCUGCCGCGUAUUUUCAAUUCAGCG